CGCAACGCUUCCGCCGCAGUGCCUUGUGGGUAGCCAGCCAGGGGUCUCCUGGCGACAACCAUGGCGGGGGAUGUGGGUGGCCGCAGCUGCACGGACGCGGAGCUGCUGCUGCACCCUGAGCUGCUAUCCCAGGAGUUCCUCCUCCUCACCCUGGAGCAGAAGAACAUAGCUGUUGAAAAUGAUGUAAGAGUAAACAAAGACAACCUUACUGACCUUUAUGUCCAGCAUGCCAUACCAUUGCCUCAGAGGGAUUUGCCAAAGAAUAGAUGGGGGAAGAUGAUGGAGAGGAAAAGAGAGCACCACGAAGCGAAAGAUGAGACCAGAAGGGGCGGUGCUAUGGAUGGAUUAAGAAAAAGACCCCUCAUCGUAUUCGAUGGGAGCUCAACAAGCACGAGCAUCAAAGUGAAGAAGACGGAGAACGGAGCGCACGAGCGGCUCAGGCCUCCUGCCCAGACGGGCUCCAUCGGGGAUACCUUGCGGGAGUCACCGAAUUCGUCUUCCAGGAGUUCACCCCUAGUUCUGUUUUCCAAUUUGCCUGUGAACAAUAAAAUGGAGCACAACAAUAAUGACAGUAAACACAACCAUGACUUAACGCAUAGGAAGAGCCCUUCGGGUCCAGUGACGUCACCACCUUUGUCCCCUGUUGGAACUACUCCUGUGAAAUUAAAGCGGGCUGCUCCUAAGGAAGAGGCCGAGGCCACAGAUCACCUGAAGCCUCCAGAAGUAAAGAGGAAGAUACAGCAUGUUACAUGGCCAUGAAAGGAAGCCUCCAAAUUAAAUAGAGCUGCAGCCGCAGUUUGCAGAUGAGCCCACAGUAUUUACAGAGGUCCUCAAUACUGUGGGAUUUUCUUGAGGUUUAAAAUAGGUUUGGGAAAAUGAGUCUUUCCCUUCUCUCCCUCCCUCUAUUCCUUCUUCCCUUCCUUCCAGUGUCUUGACUUUCAUGUCCCAAUUAGAGAAGAAUUUCUUUUUAAAAUAUAGCUUUGUACACGUCCUCUAUAAUUUUUUUUCCCAAGCAGAAGCACAUAGCAGUUCACGGUAUUGUGGUAGAUAUUGCCACCUGCAUCUUGAAAGGUUUGCCAAGAAAAGCGUGUUGAUGGUGUUGAUGGCAAAGCUUUCUGCUCUUGAGUUACGUGUGCCACUUUGUCCCAUGGAAAGUGAAGGGAAGUCAGGGCUGGCCACUCCUCCCUCUCAGUGGCAGGAGCUGCUUUACAGGGCCCUGCCUACUCUUUUCUUAUGUGGCUUGAGUUCUCACUGUGAGUUCAGCUAUUUCUUGCAUGAGCUUUAUCUUUUUAAAAUAAGACUCAUUUCAAAGUCUUCAUGCUGGGUGAUCAUGUUAGAGGCAGUUCUCCGUGUCAGAAAGUUUGGGAAUGAUGGGUCCUAGAAUUCUAGACAUAAGAAAAUUCAGAAGGUAUGGUGGUUGGGGUGUUUAUCAGUAUGCUGUGGAGUAGGCAGUUGUCAUGUCAGGACGCUGGAGCUGGAAUUCAUUGUAGAAUGCAGCAGAAAGUGGACUCAUUGCUGAAGAGGUUCAUGUGCUGCAGUACAGCUUCCUGCAGGGCUGUCCCAUGCAGGCUUAGUCUUUUUUUUUUUUUUUUUUUUUUUUUUUUUUUUUUUUUUGUGCAAGUAGCGUUAUCCACUUGCAUAAUGCAGGCAAGUGAGAAAAUACUGUUUGCUUUACAUUCGUGAUGUCUAGUGUCUGCUCCUUCCUUUAUAUUUCUAACUAAGGGCAAAAGAUACUUUAUACUUUUUUCCAUGUAUCGUCUUCAAAUUGUUGGUUUGCCUUGUUAGUAUGCCUUAGGGUCAUCUCCUUUCUUUGAUUUGUUAAAACAACCAUUUUAGUUCAUUUAUCAGAAUAGCCUUACACAAAAUAAUUCAGCCUUGCAGGUAAGUACUGUUCUUAGACCUCAAUCCUGUAGUUUUUAAGUGUUCUGCUUUUUUUUUUUU